AUGGUGACCGAACGCCAAGUACUGAAAGGCGGCGACGGCGGUGGAGGCGAUGCGGCGAGGUGCACCGGCGUCACUUUAUGCGGGGCGAUGACACCUGCUGAAGCCGCGUCCCAUGCCACUGAAUGGCAGAACCACCGCCUUCCUCAGGUGCAGGCCCCUUCGUCAUCGGCGAGCGUGCCGGCCACCGUCGAAGAGGUUGUUGUUUCUCCCGUGAGGCUCAGCGACACGGUUACGCCGCAGAAGCCGCCACAGCACUACACCGCCGCCUCCACGGCAGACAGCAAAGUGCUCUUUGCCGAGGACGAAGACGAGGAGGGAGAGGAUGAGGGGCGGCAGCCGUGGCGUCCCAACCACCUCUGCGCGGCCAGUGGUGACCCGCAGCGGUCGGCCCGUGCUGAGGAGGUGGAGCAUGUGCUUGGAGAGCUGUCGGAAUGCUCCUCGAUCACCUCUGCUCGUCCGCAAGCGCCGCGACGCUCUCCGGAUACCCGCAGCGGCCGCGACGACCGUGUGCUACACCACGGAUGCGCUCCGACGGACAGCAACAAGGAAGUGCAGGGUGGGCCGCUGGACGUGAGCUACACCGACACCACCGUUGCCAGAGGCGCCAAAGCCGUGCUCGGCGGCGAGGAUGGCGAGAAGGCGAGGCGACAAACGUGCGUCGCGUGCACGACGCCGUCCCUAAAACCCGCUUGUCCAGGCUUGAGCGAGGGCAGCGUCACUCCGGUGCUCGAGGGCCAAGUAUGGGGCGCGGCAAGCGCGGCCGCGACAUUUACGGAAACACUCGCGGUGCAAGACUUGUCCCUCCUCCCCGACGAGAGUGGGGGUGGUGCCACCCUUGACGUCGGCGGUGUCGCGAAGGGCGACGGCUGUGUGUACGCGCCACUGUUGUCUUCGUCCACAGGUCAGCGCACGCCGUACUCGGCGAUCGCGAACGCGGGGGCGUCUGCUCGGCUGCGUGGCGACAAACUUGGGGUGACAGCGGCAGAGGAAGUGCUGUUGGGUGAAGGGCUUAUAUCCCCACCAGUAAAGCGGACCACGGCUAUACCACAGCAAGCGACCCACGCUGUAGAAGUGGCAGCAGAGGACGGCACCGAGACCCGUUCCAGAGCCGGAGAAACCGGAGCUGGGCCGUCUCGAGUUCACGGGAAGAUCUUGGCCAUGGGUGACUCGAGCUCAUCGACGACGUUCUUGUCUACCCCGUCGUCCGCUACGCUGUGCGCUGUGACCGGUGGCGGCGAGGCGAGCGGCUUCGGACAGAACAUGAAUACGCCCACAUCACCCUCUUCGGCGGACGGCGCCGUCUUAAUGACCGAAGAACAGCCGCCGCCGCCGCCGCGCGUAUCUCUAACCCCGUCAUCACCGUCGCCUCCCCCUAACUCUCUCCCGUCUACGCUUGACGACGGACUCUGGAAGGGGAGUGCAAGGUCCGCGCAGGCGGACGUGGUGGACACCGAUGCCGUGGCCCCAGGCCGCUGUACCCCAAAACGGCAGGGCGUCAGUGAUGACGCUCCUGCUCCCCUUGCUCCGUCGGUCGCUGUUGCACAGCACCAGACGGUGCCGAUCGACCCAUUCCUGAGCACACCGCCACAGUUCAAGGGAGAAUCUCCUGCGAUAGAAAAGGACGACAGCGGCGGCGGCGUGCGUGUGCGUCGCUCGCCAGAGCGCUCGGGCCGCGAAGAUGCCGGAAAAGGUGGUCACUCCCCUGCUGUGUUUGGCUUUCCGACUCGCACUCCGCCUCGGUCGGCGAAGAAGUCUGCGAUGGCUUUCACAUCCACGAUUACCGGCGCGGACGUGGACGUGCAGGCUUUGAGGGUUGGCACGCGGGUGGAGGGCCGCUGGGGACGACAGUGGUUUCCGGCGGUGAUCAGCGAAGCCCCGCGGAACGGCUUUGUGCAGGUUGAGUGGGAGGAAGACGGCUCACGGCUCCACUUGCGACUUCGCGAGGUGCGACUGCUGCCUGGUGCCGCAGCUGCGAAGAGGGCUGGCGCCGUGCCCGCGAUCCAUGAGGCCGAUCGGUGUGCUGCUUCAGUGGGUGGUGGGGCUGCUGCGACGGAAGGCGCGCAUGACGUGCUGACCGCGACCCAGCUUGUGGCACUGAUGGAAGAGGAGGACGCCGAGGACAGCCGACACCAGCCGGUGCCGCCGCACGUCCGUCCCUCCGCUUCACAGAGGGAAAUGUCGCCGCCCAUGACGACAUCUGUAUGCAAGCAAGUGAAUAGGAGCGGUGGGGAAGGCGGUGAGGGGGCCGAGGAGGAUGUGGUGGUGCGUCCGCUUGGUGUUGGUCACGCGUGUGGGACGGCUGGACGUGGUGUAUAUGCUGUGAACGCGGACGGUGACGCUCACCCGGAUCGCGCAAGCAGCGCGGCGUCCUCCGCUGGCGUCGCCAACACCCGAUCGCCGUCGCGCUCUCCUGUGCCAACGUACGCGGCACCCGGUGUGCCGCCGUGCGAGGUGCACCCCUCGUUUCUCUGUAUCUUUCUCCCACAAACGGUGCGACGCGACCUCCUGCAGGGCGAGGGCCCUCCGCCUGCAUCGGCCUUUUCUUCUUCCUCAUCUUUUCACUAUCAUGCGGGCCCGGCGACAGAGCUGCAGCGGCGCACCGAGCUUCAGCGUAUCUUGCACUUCUUGACCAGCGCCGGGACGGUCGUGAUCGACUCCGUGGCACAGGCGGACAACAUGGCCGCCCAGCUCGGCGACAGUGGCGACGGGAAGGGAACCGCCUUCACCAGCCACCUGUCCUCGUUGGCAGCCGGCCAGCACCACAGCGCCGACUCGUCGCCAAUGCAGGGGGCAAAGACGACGAAGGCGGUUGCCGGAGGUGGCAGAAAGCGGGGGACGGUGGGGCGCGCGUCACUGCCUCGCCGGAGCAUGGCGUCUGCCGUCGCUGUUGCUUCCCAUGCACAACGUUCGGCACCGAGGUACUUCGUCUUUCUCGUUUCUUCUGCGACUGCUCUUAUGGGCGGCAGCGCUGAGGCGUCUGAGAAGCUGGGCCAGCAGCAGGAUGUGCUACCCGUGGUGUGCUUGGCGCAUGCAUUAGGCGUCUCAGCGAUUCACGCCUCGUGGCUGUGGGGCAUUGCCCCAGGCACCGCGCGAGUGAAGCUGCCCACGCCGGCGGACCAAGUCGAGCUGCUGCCGAGCGCUGCCCCGGAGACAUGGGGUGCGUGGAAGGCCACUCGCGCUGGUGCUCCGUCGACGAAGGCGGCGCCACUACCGCUGCGCUUCGCACCGUUUGCAGUGAAGGACCGCUGGCUCAGCGCCAAAGACGUUGCCUUUGUCGCGCGAGAUGACCGAAUGGAGAUGUGGCUCAACGCCGCCGGGGCGACCGUCACGGCAGAGUCGGCGCCGUCGCUGCCCUCUCACGUCGCUCGCCAGAGCUUGCCACGGGGCAGCAGCCGACCGUCAGCUUCCGUUACGGGUGCUCUGGUUGGGCGCAGCCUCGGCAGCGCACUUCCGCGGUGUCAUUCCGAGUCCCCUUCACGUUCGCUGCCGCUCAAGCAGCUGCGCGCGGAGCGGACACCGGACUUCGUUUACGUACCCGAUGAUGUGACCGUGCCGCUGGACUUGGAUCGCUUGGGCAGCGUUCCAGUGCUCCAAGUCUCGUGGCUUGCCGACGGCAUCGAGCAGCAUUACCGCCAUUGCUGCGACCCAACCUCGUCAGCAGAGCCGGUGCUGCCAACACCGCCGUCGCUGACAUCUGUGUGGCGGACAAUUCUUCACGCGAAGCCUCCGAAGGAGAGCUACACAAGGCGUUCCAACACGCCAUCCCAGCCAGGCUGUGCGCAAUCUUCUCCGUCAUCUCCGCCGCUGAGGCCGGCGGUGAGCGAUGAGGAGAAGCGCUGCGGCUCAGAAGGCGCGCGUAGCCGCAAGGCAGCCGCAGCGACGACCCUCGGGAGCGAGAGGGACCGCCUGAGUCAUCACGGCAGUGACGCGGUGCAUCCAGAGUCGGUGCCCCCACUUGCAAACAACAGGGACGAGAGUGGUGAUGAUGCAGGGCCAUCUGCCUUCCCGCCAAGUGCGAAGGGCGGCAACAUGGAUGAGGGUGUCGGUGACACUGUUGGCGCGAUAGGGGGGCGCCUCAACGAGGAGGAGGAGGAGGCGCUGACGAUGCGCAUCGGCGGCGGUGAUGCACACGAGCCGCUUCCGCGUGAGGCAGAUGACUUUGCCAGCGCAAGUGGGCCCGACGGCGCUGCUGCGGAGCGUUGCAGCGCAGAAGCGGGGAAAGACAUCAUGUCAAGGCUGGCCGGCGCCACCGGAGCGACUGCGGCAGCUCUGUCAGAUGCAGUGGGCUCUACUGAGUCCUCAGCGUGCACCUCUCAUGCGGCCAUCGUCAUUGGGGAGGACUAUUACUUCACCCUGUCCGCGCCCCAACCUCCACCUCCACCAUCGUUGUCCCCGCAUGGCCUGUCGCUCCCCCACGUUCCCCCUCCUGCGUUGCCGACGGCGACGAUUGUGCUGGGCCAAGUCGUGGGCUUGCAAGUCGACGCGCCGCCGUCGCCGCUGCUGCGCCAGCACCUCUGUGUGGACGGCACCGCUUCAUCGUUGACCUUCUCACAACCGCAGUGUCGGUGCCGCGUGACGCUUCGGCUGUACGAACCCAAGUACAUCUCCAUGCACGUUGACCCCCGCUCUGGAGAUGUGGUGCACCAGACCACCGUUUAUCUUGCCCAGCGCUGGGCCACUGUCCCGGGCACGUCGCUGCUCUUCGACACACCCGUAUACGUGAUCACCACGGCUGCACGGCCACACGUCUACUUUUUGGAGGAGGUGGAGAGCGAGGUGACGGCGCAAGGUGUGAGCGACAGCGCAUACCACUCCCGUCUGCGGCAACAGUCGGUCCUCGGCGCCGUCGCGACGCCGCCGGUCUCAGACUUAUUCCAUGGUGCGGCCAGGGAGCCGGACGGCACUCUCUCUCCGCAUUUCCAUGGUCGGCGCUCCCUGUCGCAGGUAGCCAUGUCAUCUUCAGCGCCAGUUCCAACGUGUCCGAUAACCAGGGGGUGUCUCCCGACACCGCCGGCACCGUUCUCUCUCACUCAGAGCAUCGCAAACGGGCGCCCUCGCCGGGACGCACUUGCUCCGUCGAGGACAUCUGAGGGAGCGGCGCGGGACGGCAGCGGUGACGGCGUUGACGAGCGACGAGGUCCCGAUUGA